CCAGCAAUGAAAAAGACAGGUGCUAGACAGUGUAAUGUAGUAAUAUACUGGAGUUGCCCAGAUCAAUAACAUUUUUGCACCACAAUUAUAUACAUGUAAGUCUUGGGGGGGGCGUGCUGCCUGUAGUUCCUUCUCGAUGUGGGCGUUGGCGGGCAUACAUAAGGAUUGUAAUCUGUCACUGUCAUUACUUCUGCCGCGGAUUCACCUUUGAGCAACUGGACAUCCUAAAGAAAGGUCCCAAGACACUUAUGAAGAUGAAUGCUACCUCUUUCUAUGACAACAAUACAACAGAUGUAUCUGGAAAUAAUGGCACUACGUUCGAUUACUUUGAGCUGAUAAAGUCUCUCCACAUAAUGUCUCUCGUUAUUUACUGCCUGGCCUUUGUUCUUGGUGUGCUCGGGAAUGGAGUGGUUAUCUGGGUGACCGGCUUCAAGAUGAAGAAAACAGUUAACACAGUUUGGUUCCUCAACCUCGCUGUGGCCGACUUCCUCUUCACAGCAUUUCUGCCCCUGAGUGUGACCUACGCAGCGUUGGAUUUCCACUGGCCAUUUGGCAAGUUCAUGUGCAAACUAAGCAGCACAAUAAGCUUUCUGAACAUCUUUGCCAGUGUCUACAUUCUGGUGGUGAUCAGUGUGGACAGAUGUGUGUCUGUGGUGUGGCCCAUCUGGGCCCAGAACCACCGAAGUGUACGCAAGGCAUCCUGUGUGAGUCUGGGUGUUUGGGUACUGGCUCUGAUUCUCAGCACCCCAUAUUUCGUAUUCAGGGACACUGGGCCAUCAUAUUACGAUGACGACAUCAUCAAUUGCUUCAACAACUUCGCUCUUUCUGAUGACUAUGAAACCCCAUCUGUGAAUCAGCUGCGACAGUUUCGUCAUCAGGCCAUGACCAUCACCCGCGUCCUCCUGGGAUUUGUUGUCCCCUUCACUGUCAUUGUCUCCUGUUAUGCUGUGAUAAUCCAUCGCAUCAGAAGAAACCGCACCCUGGCCAGCCACUCAAGUCGGCCCUUUAAGAUCAUAGCUGCAGUUAUCACCGCUUUCUUCCUGUGCUGGGCUCCUUAUCACAUAAUGUCUAUAAUUGAGUUUGUGAAUUCUUUUUAUCAAGCUGAAACAUUAUUCUAUGUCACCGCUAUUGGAGUCCCUAUAGCCUCCGGCUUGGCCUUUCUCAACAGUUGCCUGAACCCACUGCUGUAUGUGUUCAUGGGACAAGAUUUCAAGGAUAGAGUCUGCAAAUCCAUUCUGAUGGUAUUGGAGACUGCCUUCCAGGAAGAGGUUUCUGGCUCUCAAACUGGCACACAGUCUUUGAGCACCAGUCAGAGCAAAGAGAUCCUUAAUACUGCAGUAUAAGGUUGCCCAUGCCAUGAAGAAAUAAAUUCUGAAACUGUACAUAGCAAAUAAUCUUGACACAAAUAUAAAUGUAUCUAUCAAAUUAAUUGUUUUGCUUUUGUUUUCAAGAACCCUAAAGACAAGUUGUAAAGAUUGAAGCAUUUCAACCUCAUGGAUUUAUGUAAAUUUUACUCUAUGGUCAGUUAACUUAUCAGGCAUCAAAGAGUACUGCGUUUUAAUUACACCUACAGUAUUUACAAGGUGAUGGAACGAAUUUUUGGUAAUAUUCUGCAACAAGUUGUGAUGCCUUUUGAGGAACUAAACCUUUGUUGAAUUAGCUGGGUGUGAAAUAUUUUAAUCAUACAAAGAAGUGGUUUAUGCAGUUCUGUUUUUGCUGCUUGUUGCAUCACAACAGUGCCUUCAGUCUGUACCGUAAUGGAGAGAGUACCCAGCAGUUGUUGCAAAAGAACCCAGCAGUUGUUACGAAAUAGGUAUUACAUGGGUUUUUGGCGGCUGUGGCGUAGUGGAGAGCAAGGUAGUUCUCCAAUCAGAGGGUCGGUGGUUUGAUACCCGGCUUCGGCAGUCGAUGUGUCCUUGGGCAAGACACUUAACCCCAAGUUUCUCCCCUGUCAUCAGUGUGUGAAUGGGUGAAUGAUAUGUAAUAUACUACUGUAAGUCGCUUUGGAUAAAAGCGUCUGCUAAAUGACUGUAAUGUAAUGUAAUGUUAAUCUGUGUAACAUAAGCAACAAAAAAAUUAAAUAAAGUUUGAAAAUGGGAGCGUUGUGUUUUUCCAUCUGUAACUUUCGCAAU